UGCUGGCUGCGUUUAUAUAGAGCACACAGGAGUCCAGGAGCACGCUCAGUGCUCAGCGAUCGCUGCGUUAGCCGCUCGCAAACACACCGCUCAGCCGGAGGGAGAGGCGAGGAGAGUCUCACACACACACACGCGCGCGCACACCAUGUCCCUGUCGAGGGUCCUCCUGGCCGCCUGUCUCCUGUGCGGCCGCCUGUCUCUCGGGUACGAGGACUACCAGGUCACCUACGAUGACUCCUAUUACAACGAGAUCCCCAUGGAGGAACGGGAAGCGACCCCCUCCGCCGCGCCCUGCCAGUCUCAGGAGGCGUCCCGCUGGGACAAGCUCUUCAUCGCCCUGGAGGACUCCCACAUGAGGCAGAACAUGCUGCUGCACUCCCUGGACGCCGUCGUCGGGGCGGAGCUGCGGGCCCUGGCGGGCGACCUGCGCAAGGUCGCCGGGGGCAACGCGGCGGCCUGGGCGGGGUCGGCGGACGCCCUGGCCAAUCGGGUGGCGGCGCAGCUGGGCCGCCGGGUGGAGGCGGCCGCGGGGCGGGGGGCCCGGGAGGCGGGGGCCGAGCGCUCCUCCCGGCAGGAAGCGGCCCUGCAGCGGCUCCUGGAGGCCGGCAGGAAGCAGGAGGCGCGGCUGGACGCCAUCGAGGAGGCGUGCCGCGGCGGGCCGGGGGAGGCGCCGCUCGAGACCACGCUGGCCGCCAUGGCGACGGAGCUCCAGAGGCUGCAGGCCCAGCUGGACGCCUCGCAGCGCGUGGCCAAUCAGAACUUCCUGCCCUCAGGCUACCACACGGGGCUGCUGUUCCCCGCACGCUCCCGGUUCCCUCACGCGCGGGCGGAGGCGCACACGCGCGCCCCUCUGCGCUCCCUGACGGUGUGCCUGUGGGCCAAUCCGGCGCGGCCGCUCAACCGCACCGCGCUCUUCUCCUACGGGCGGCCGGGGGAGGCGCGGCUCCUCCUGCAGGGCGGCCCCGGCGGGGCGGCCGUCCUGUCGGCGGGCGGGGAGGACGCGGCGCCCCUGGAGGCGCGGGGCGUGGUGGAGGAGCGGAGCUGGGGGCACUACUGCGGGAGCUGGAGCGCGGAGCGGGGCCAGGCCGCGCUGUGGGCCGACGGGAGGCUGGUGGCCAGCUCCGUCGCCGGGGCGGAGGCCCAAGCCCUGCCCGCGCAGGGCACCUUCUUCCUGGGCGGGUACGAGGCGCACCUCCCCGCCUUCGCCGGGAUGAUGACGGGCUUCAACGUGUGGGACAGGGUGCUGGGCGCCGAGGAGAUAUCCCAGCAUGCUCGGCUGGGCGGGGGCAGGGGGAAUGUGGUGGCCUGGGGCACCUCGGUCAUCGUCCCGCUCAACGGCUCCGUGUUCGUCACCUGACCCCGAGGCCCAGAGCACGCGGGCAGCACCCCCCCCGGGGGCUCCUCCUGUCAUCCACCCCUCCCCCGCCGCUUUGGAGGGCAUCUUUAAUCUUAUUUAGAAUCGUAAUUCACAAAAACGAGGCAAUGGUCAAGCAAAACAAGGAAACGCUCACACGCUUUUUACAAUGAGGUUCGUGAAUUGGCAUCGUCUGAUGUAGUUCAGUCAAAUCCGUUAGUUGAGCAUGAACUUUUCAUUAGUUAAUCCAUUGGUUAACAACUAACUAAUGUGUUUGUUACAUUAUAUUUACAUUAGCAAACCAUAGGAUGAACUUUCCUUCACCAUUUUUCAUUCCAAUAUGAAUUGGCAAUAACUGGUUGUCAACAUGAAUUAGUGAUGUAAAAAUACGUUAACAGAGCGGCACAUGUAUUUGUACAGCUCUCAGUAGUUACAACUGCAUUAGUUCAUGGAACCUUAUUGUAAAACAUGACCUUUUUUCCACCACCACCCGCCCCCCUUUUGGGAGCUAAGCUUUGUUUUCAUACCGAGUCAUAAUUCACUAAAAUGAGAGGGCGACACAAAAAGUGUCAACAUUUUUGUUUUGCAAUAAUUUUGAGUUUAUUUAAACUGUUGGGGUCAAUUUGACCCCGUCCAUAAAAGCGGUCAUAAACACAUACCAUAAUAGGAGGGUUAAGAAAUUCUGUUAUUUAUGAAUCAGAAGCAGUGACACAAGGAACUCUCGAGAGUCAAUCCAGAAGCUUGCCACAGUUUUUAUUUUAUUUUUAUGUUAUAUUAUUUGAUAUGAAGUGAAUGUUCUUGUUUCUAUGAGGUCCCUGUUCUCCAGUUCCCACCAUCAUGUUUACGCCCUUCCCAAACAGCAUUGCUGAAUUAUGUCCAUUCAUAUUUCUGUUUUUCACGUUCUGUUUGAAUGGAUUUGUUAUCAAUAAUAAUGUCAAAAGAGACUUUUUCCCUUUCUUUUAAGUAAGUUCCAGUGCCAAACAUGUACUAUAGUGUAAAUUAUGUUUCUUUUGGAAAUGAAAGUCAAAGUGAAUUCAUUUUUGUACAUACAUAUAUUUUUGUGUACUGAAUAAAGGGCUAAUAAGUCCA